AUGAAUACAUUCAUUGGAGUAAUUGUUGUUGUUCUAAUUCAACAACAUAUUCAACUAACUCACGGAAUUUCAUGCGCAUCGGAUCCAUGUAGACUCUUAGGUACUGCUUACGGUCCAUAUACUGGUCAUUGUUGUUAUGAUGUCCCGGGCUCCACUGAUUCUGUAUGCGUAUGUCCAAAUAAUGUUGCGCCUGUUCUCAAUGGACCUUGUCUUACGGGUACAGCAGUAGUAAGUCCAACAACUUGUAAUCGAGCAUGCGUCAAUGGUGGUGUAUGUAAUAUCGUCAGUAAUCAACAAGUAUGUUGGUGUACAUUAGGUUAUUCAGGCUCAUUUUGUGAAAUACAAGGUAUUGCAACUCGUUGUGCAACUGGACUAUGCCAAUCUGGCACUUGUGUUGAACAAUCAGUAGGUACAAGUUUAUUUGCUUAUUGUCAUUGUAAUCCAGGUUGGUCAGGACCUACAUGCAGUCUAAACUAUUUUACUUGUACAACAGCAGGUGUUUUUCCUGAUACAGCAUAUUGUGCAACGGGUCGAUAUUUCUAUUGUGCUGCUGCAGGUGGUGCUCCCGUUAGUGCUAUGUGUCCCGAUGGUCAAAAAUUCGAUCGUUUAACAAACGUUUGUAGUACAACAGCUACUUGUUAA